GUUGUGAAACUCACUAUGUAUCCCUGUAUCACAGUACUCCUCCUGCCUCUGCUUUCCAAGUGCAGAAAUUGCAGGUGUGAGCCACACAAAAGACCCAGCUUUUACUUGUUUUACUUUUGUCUUCAGAAUGCCUCUGCUGGGGUGGAGCGCCUUCUGCUGGGGAACAAGUGUGACAUGGAGGCCAAGAGGAAGGUGCUGAAAGAACAGGCUGAUAAGCUGGCUCGAGAGCAUGGAAUCCGAUUUUUUGAGACAAGUGCCAAAUCCAGUAUGAAUGUGGAUGAGGCUUUCAAUUCCCUGGCCCGUGACAUCUUGCUCAAGUCAGGAGGCCGGAGAUCGGUGAGUUGGUUCUACUUGGCGAGUUGCCACUGUAUGUGUCUGCAAGAACUGGAGUAAAGUGGUGAUGCAGAGCCCGGAGCCGGGAUCCCAGCACUGGGAGGUGGUGGCAAGAGGAUCAGGAGUUCAAUGUCCUACACUGUGUGUGUGGGAAGGUGGAAACAGAAAUUUAUCUACUGCCUGCCAGUUCCCAAAUAACCAUUCAGAGCUUUUAUUAAUUACAAAUGUUCAGCAGAUAGCUCAGGUUUAUCAUUAACUAGCUCUUACAUUUAAAUUAACCCAUAUCUAUCUAUCAAUCAAUG